AUGAACCAACAUAAAUAUUUGUAUUUCACACUUUUUUUCCUAAUUUACAUUGUAACUAUUGCCUUAAAUACUUCCUUAAUUACAGUAGUGUAUAAGAAAAAAACCCUACAUGAACCGAUGCACAUUUUCAUUUUGGCUUGGCUGUUUCCUUUCUGUUCCUUUGCGAUGUAUCUAUCACUUACACUUCGUCUGACCCUUUGUGGCAAUAACAUCUACAAAACUCAUUGCACAAAUUUUGAUCUCAUUAAACUUUCCUGCCAUGAUACCUCUGUAAAUAACAUUGUUGGGAUCCUUCUCUUGGGUGUGUAUAUGUUCCCACAAUUCUUUGUAAUUUUGUUUUCAUAUGCUCAGAUUCUGAGGAUCUGUUUACAUGCAUCCAAAGAAUGUCGAAAGAAAGCGCUUCAAACGUGCAUACCACAUUUGUUGACAUUUAUAAAUUAUUUUUUUGCCGGUUGUUUUGAGCUGAUCCAAUGCACUUAA